AUGUUGGUUCGACCUUGCUUUGCUCAACUUGGUCGGAGCGUCAGGAAUAUCGCUAGUCCCAUGUCCUUUGACAGAGUAUUCAUGAUUACCGGUAUCGGACCAUUGACUUGCCACACUUCCACACGCCUCGCCGGCGACGUCGUUAGAACGGAGCUACAAUUUAUUAAAGAGACAAGUGAAGGCGAUCUCCUUGACCAACUUUCUGUUCAACAGUUGGGGCAUCACUCCUCGCCCCUGUUUCUCGUUCUUCCUUCUACUUUUGCAUCUCCUUUGCUCAACCCCAUUUCAUAUCGCCCAUACACUUAUUCACACAUUUCCGUGUUCUCGUCUCCUCCAAUGUCGCCUAAGAAAGACAAGAUGGGUAUGAUUUUCAUGAUCCAAAGGAUAAAAUGA